AUGCGCAUGCUGCCCAGUGUGUUGCUCGUCGCCUGCGUCGCGGCCCGGCGCCGGCCCGUGGCGGUGCCGCGGCUGGGCACCCACCCGACGUCGGCGAACUGCACGCUCCACCGCGUCUCCCAGAACCUCGACCACUUCGACUUCACAACGAACGCCACCUUCGAGCAGCGCGUCUUCGUGCACGCGGACCACUGGUCGCCCGGCGGGCCCAUCUUCGUCUACUGCGGCAACGAGGACGACGUCACGCUCUACGUCAACGCGACGGGGCUGAUGUGGGAGCACGCGGCGGCCUUCGGCGCGAUGCUCGUCUUCGUCGAGCACCGCUACUACGGCGAGACGCUGCCCUUCGGCGCCGCGUCCUUCGAGCCGGGGCGCCUCCGCUACCUGUCGCACGAGCAGGCGCUCGCGGACCUCGUGAACGCGCUGCGGCGGAUCAAGGCGACGUACGGCGCGGAAAACGCCAAGACCGUCGCCUUCGGCGGUUCCUACGGCGGCAUGCUCGCGGCGUGGCUGCGCAUGAAGUACCCCGCGGCCGUCGUCGGCGCCGUCGCCGCGAGCGCGCCAAUUUUAGCGUUCGACGGCGACGGCUUCGACGGCGAGGCCUACUGGGAGGUCGUGACGCGCGACGCGACGGCGGCCGCGGGCGCGGCGCCCGCGUGCGCGGCGAACGUCCGCGAGGCCUUCUCCGCGCUCUUCCGCGCGGACCGCGACGACCUCUCGCGGAUCUUCCGGACCUGCGGGCCCGUGGCCGACCGGUCGCGCCUCGCGCUGCUCGCGCUCUUCGCGUUCGACACGAUGGCCAUGGGCAACUACCCCUACGAGAGCACGUACCUCACGCACGGCGAGGUGGCGCUGCCCGCGUUCCCCGUGCGGGCCGCCUGCGAGCACCUCGCGGGCCCGCUCGACGGCGACGAGGCCCUGCUCGCGGCGCUCGCCGCGGCGGCGGGCGUGUUCUACAACGCGAGCGGGGCCUUGGCGUGCAACGAGCUCCCCGCGGACGUCGAGGAGGACGGCAUCUGGGACUGGCAGUACUGCACGGAGACGCUGCCCCAGGAGACCUACUUCCCGCGCGACGGCGUGCGCGACAUGUUCUGGCCCGCGCCGGCGAACGACUCCUGGGUCGACGCGCACUGCGAGGCCAAGUACGGCGUCGCGCCGCGGCGCCGCUGGAUCGCCGACUCCUACGGCGGCCGCGCGGGCGUCGCCGCGGCGACGAACAUCGUCUUCUCCAACGGCGCGCUCGACCCCUGGAGCGCCGGCGGCGUCGCCGACGCCGCCGGCGGCGCCACGGAGACCGUCCGCAUCGACCUCGGCGCGCACCACCUCGACCUCAUGUUCGCCCACCCCGACGACCCGCCCUGCGUCGUCGCCGCGCGCGCCGCGGAGCUCGCCGCGGUCCGCGAGCUCUUCGACUCCCUCAAGAAGAACGACCACCAGCGCACGCUGUCGACCUACGCCGAGGCGCGGAGCGCGCGGGCGCGCCUGAACGUGCACUGCUACAACGGCAUCCUCCACGUGCUCGCGGACCGGGGCCUCAACGGCGAGAACCGCGUCGGCGUCAACGAGGCGAGCUACACGGCGCUCGCGCGGAGCCACGUCGCCGCCGGGGCCCUCGACGACGCGCUGGACGUCGUCGCGACGCGCCUCGAGGACGCGUCGCCGAAGCUGCGGACCUACGCGCCGCUCGUCGCCGCGCUCUGCGCCGCGGACCGCGUCCGCGACGCGCGGACCGUGUGGGCGGCCAUGGCCGCGGGGGGCGUCGCGCCGACGGACGAGUUGUACGUCGCGCUGUUGGAGGCGCUCGCUAGGAGCGGCGACGCCGCGGGCUGCGCGGCCUGCCUGCGGGAGCGCGCGGCCGCGGACGACGCGGGCCUCGCGGCGGCCCAUCUGACCCGCGUCUCCGCGGCGCUCCGCUCCCUCCCCGACGCGACCUGCGAGGCGACGACCGUCGACGACGACGGCACGUGCCGCGUGUCCGGCCGGACGCUGCCCACGGGCGGUCUCGACGGGCGCGAGCGCGCGCAGUUCCGCGAGCGGUUACUAGACGUGGCCAACGCGACGUCGGAGCGCGACCGCCGGGAGCUCGCGGCCUUUGGUGCGUGGCUCGAGGACCACCCCUACGCCUUCACGGCCGUGCUCGACGGGCCGAACGUCGCCUACCUGAACCAGAACUUCGAGCACGGCAAGUUCCGCGUGCGGCAGCUGCAGGCCGUCGCGGGCCACCUGGAAGCCGCGGGCCACGUCGUGCUCGUCGUCCUCCCGGCCAAGUACUGCGAGGCCGUCGUCCCGAACCACAGCAAGCGCCGGCCGCGGGCCGCGGCCCGCGACGAGCCGGGGGGCACGCCGCUCCAGGAGCUCGAGGACUCCGAGCUCGCGGCGAUCAAAGCCUGGGCGGAACGGGGCGCGUUGUACGUGGUGCCCCGGGGCUGCCACGACGAUUUGUACUGGAUGCUCGCGACGGUGUCGCGCGACCAGCCCCUCGCCGUGAGCAACGACAAGACGCGCGACCACUGGCCGAAGUUGAUCGGCGAGGCGCAGUACCGGCGCUGGGCGACGCGGUCCGUCGUCAACUUCGGCCUCGGCUACGCGGAGCCCGACGACGCCGGCGACGAGCCCCCGCCGGACGUGCGCCUCGACCUGCCCAAAGCCUACGCGGCGCGCAUCCACGAGGCGCGGCUCCCCGGCGGCCGGGUCUCGUUCCACGUGCCGGACCGCGACGACGGCGGCGCCUGGCUCCUCGCGACGCUCCCGGCGGCCGAUGAGGAGGCCCGGCGUCCCGUCGUUUGGCCCUGGGACCGCUGGUACGAAAAACCAUGCUAACCAAGGUUUU